GCACACACAUAACAUACUGAAAACGUUUUACUGCGGACUUUCAUUUCAGCUUGUGAAUUUGUUUGUUUUGGCCUCAGAAGGAAGAUGGAGACAGCAUAAUCGGAACCUUCCAGGCAGCACCACAACCAGCAUCACCACAUCUAAGCCAGCUUCUCGUUAGACUCCAAGGAAGUGACAGCUCUGACCAACAACUACGCAAGCUAAUUCACGAAAAACUACCUCGACUCAACUGUCAGUUUCAGUCAGUUAGGAAAUUUACACGGGCGACGGUCAGAAUGCUUCAGCGGCUCAGUGUGCUGUUUGAGACAAUAAGAACAUCCAUUUAAACUCUUUUUUUAAAUCCCUUUGGUUUUGUCAAAUGAGUGAAACUCUCACUCAUCAGAAGUUAUUUGUUUGACUUCUUCCACGGUCUGCACUCCUGACAUGGAUUUUGUGUGGGUCGUUCAGCUGAUUCUCGUUCUUAUAUCCAGUGGACAGUGUCACGCUGUAUUGACUCAACAAACCAGCAAUGAAUGUCUCCUUAGUUGUCCACCCGGAGAAUAUAAAGAAAACGGAGGUAACUGUGCAAAUUCUGGGGGAAAAUUCAAAUGUAAAAAAUGCGAAAGUGGCACCUUCACUGCAGUGCAUAACUCCGUGGGGAAAUGCCAGCGGUGUGGCGACUGUGCUCGUAAUGAAGUGAUUGUACAGAAAUGUUUACCGGAUAGCGAUAUCAGAUGUGACUGCAGAGACGGAUCAUACUAUGAUGAUGACCAUAUCUGUACCGAGUGUCCAGGUGCCAAAGUUGACUGCCUUGAGGCAUCCUUCAGUGAAAAAUGUAGGAAAAAUGAGGACUUCAAGAGGAAAUGUGCCUCUAAUGCAAUUCUGUCCUCUAAAGCCCCUCGGUCAAAAACACACGUGACCACAGAGACCAUUGCUCCUGAUCAUGCUUCAACCUUGGCUCUGGAGGGAAUGCAAACAGUGAACAACCCUACUGUGAGAGGAACUGAAGUUCCAGAAAAACAACAUAUGACUGUAGAGGCCUGGCCUCUACUCGUGGUGGCUGCAGUUCUAUUUGCUACAUUUCUAGUGUGUAUGCUGCUCUGCCUCAAAACCCAAACCAAAUGUCAUUUCUGGAGCGUAAACAAGGAUUUGGAAACACAUGUUCAGCAUCCAAAAUUCAAAGCAGAAGGCUCAACGAUCAUAUCUGCUUCCUUUCCAGCAGAGCAACACAGUCAUGGAGGCACCAGUCCAGCCACAGUGACAUUCGACAUCCCCGAGGAAACCCCCAUGAUUCCUCUCCAUCAGGAGUCACCUGCUCACGUCAGCCACCACAUGGCUGAAAGACAAGAUGAACACCGGGACCAGUGGCCCGCCAUUGUGCUCUAUGCCAUCAUUAAGGAGGUGCCCCUGCGUAGAUGGAAAGAGUUUUUGCGCCUGCUCUCGAUGGCUGACCAGCAGAUGGAGCGAGUGGAACUGGAGGCCGGUUUGGAUUCCACAGAGAAGCAGUACCAGAUGCUGAGGCUGUGGAGCCAGCACCCCUCCGCGAGCCUGGAUGAUAUUUACUCAUCCUUACAUUACAUGGAUUUAUCAGGCUGUGCCCAGCUGUUGCAGGAAAGACUGGAGAAGCUGCAGUGGAAGCCUGAGGAACAGCAAGGAUGUACAGUUUGAGGAUAUUUACGGGACCGAAUGGGCCAAAACAGUUGGACAGUUCAAGAUUUUAAGCUCAGACAGCCAUGCACAAAAAUCACAAGUUUUUGGGAAAGUUGUUAUUUACUGUGAUUUCUAUGUGGUAUAGCCUACCCACAAGCAACAGCAAGGAUGUUACAAAUUACUUGAGCCAUUCAGUGGCACAACAGGGGAUGGGGAGGUUUCUAUACUCUAUCUUCUGAGUGUUUUCCCCCCUUUGUGUUUCAUAGAACAGUUUAACAUUAAGUGCAUUCCAAACAAGUACACGACUUUAGGAUAACAAAAUGAGCUCAGCUCAGUGGACUUGAACUCGACUUACAAUGAAAACCAUCCAUCUGUCCAUUUUUCUAAUCAGUGCUUCACCCAGUUCAGGUUUGUGGUUGGCUGAAGCCUAUUCCAGCUUUCUUUGGGCAGGAGGCAGAAUACUGCCUGGACAGACCAACACCUGGAUACACAGAGACACACAAAAUGCACACUCACAAACUGUACGAAAGCUUGAAUCAAGUGACGUAUUCUCGCAAGAACAUCACCAACAAAAGAAUUUGUUUCUUAUAGCACUCCAUGCUUCAUUGUUCAUAUGUUGAUCUUUACUAGUUUUAAAAAUAAGGGAAAGCCUUUUACUAAAUACCGGUGAACCUCAAAGUUCAACACAGCUGAGCUGUAUUUUUUCAGAAGACUGCUCACCUUUGUCCUGUUUUGAACUCCUCCAGUUUAUGCAUUUUAUGGUGUGUAAACAUUUGAGUACAUCUGUGAUGUAUUGAGCAGCACAGCUGCAGAUCAUUUUAACCACGCUUGACAUUUCCUUGUCUUGAUUUGACAUUAAAGCCUGGUAGAGCCACUGAUUGUAGUUGCACACCCUCAUAAAAGGGGAAAACUGAAUUCCCCAAAGGUUGUCAGAUUUUCAGUUUCCUGCAACUUAGAGGUGUCAGUUGGCUGGGUUUUUCCUCACCACACGUAUUCCACACAAACUGAGGUUUGUUUAUUGUGGUGUUUGGGUAUCUCACUUUGAGAGUUUUUCUUUGUCACUUCAGUUACCUGACUUUAAAGGACUUGGACUUUCCAAUUUCUUGGUGUUUAUUGUUUAGUGACUUAAUAUAAAUGUGUGUGAUGGUCUAAUGAAAUAUCUGUAUUUGUACAUAUUAUCCAGUACUGUUAUUUGUAAAUUCCUAAAACUAUUUAAAUAUAAACUUAACUUUUUGGUCA